AUGCGCCACAAUGAAGAACACACGAGCACCGGUGCUGAGCCUCCUUCUUUUGACGCUGAUAAAAGCUUUAACUGGAAGACCCUGCGCACUGUGACGUGGCUGCUGAACUGUUGGGAGUUUGGUGGUGUCUUUGGACGAGGGGGAGAGAUCGUUAAAACGGCAGCAGUCUCCAAUGGGUCUCCUGCCAGUGAGCCUUUGGAUCUCAACGGGAACUAUGGACCGGACACCCCCAUUGUGACAAUCAGCCCCCCAAACCAAGUCUAUUUUGUGGGAGCAGACAUCACUAUGUCCUGCUCUGCACAGUCCAGUCCUCCUGCUGUCUACCAAUGGGCAUUUAAUAGUGUCUUUUAUAACGGAUCAGGAUCAGAGCUAUCCAUUAAACUCCUUCAGCUGGACAACGCUGGAAACUAUACCUGCAUGGCUUAUAACAAUAUAACCCGCAGAUACGCUGCGUUCACACAAGAGCUCUCUGUUGUGGCACCGAUAACUACAGUGACUGUAUCUCCCAGCAGAGCACAGCCAAUAGAAAACAAGGCAUUCAGUCUGAGCUGUGAAGUGUCUGGGACUGCUGACUCGUGGCGCUGGCUGAAAGACGAUCAGCCUCUUUCCACUAAUGAGAGGAUAACAUUGUCUGGAGAGAACAGCACUGUCUCCUUCAACCCAGUCCUGCAGUCUGAUAACGGCACAUAUCAGUGUGUAGCUUCUGACCCUAUAAGUGGAAUGGUUAGUCCAGGAUACACACUGGUUGUCAAUUAUGGACCACAGCAGGUCUCUAUUUCAGGACCUGAUGCAUAUCCUAUAGGCUCGACAGCGUCGUUCACGUGUUCUGCUCUCUCUCAUCCCCCCUGUGAAUACACCUGGUUAUUCAAUGGGAAAGAAAUUGCGCAGGGCUCAGUUUUCACAAUAAGUCCUGUAAUGCCAGCCAGCGUUGGGAGUUACACUUGUGAGGCUUUCAACUCAGUGACAGGAAAGAAGACUUCUUCAAUCAGAAAGGAAUUUCAAUUGACUACACACGUCUCCCAACCCACAGUCCGCUCCAAUGUGACUGAUCCAGUGGAGUUCAAUGACACUGUCAGUUUGACCUGUACAGCCUCUGGCUCUGCCGUCUUCUACAGAUGGCUCAAUGGCAGCUCUGUGGUUAGUGACAGUGAGCGGAUUCACCUGAGUGAUGACAAUAAAACACUGACCAUAGCCAGGGUGUUGAGAUCUGAUGAUGGGACCCUGUAUUGCUAUGCGUUUAACGCUGCCAGCAACAGCACCAGCGAGCCGUUUCACCUCGUUGUGAACUAUGGACCGGAUGCCCCAGUUGUCAUUAUCAGCCCCCCAAACCAAGUCUAUUUUGUGGGAGUAGACCUCACUAUGUCCUGCUCUGCACAGUCCUAUCCACCUGCUAUCUACCAAUGGGCAUUUAAUGGAAUCUAUUUUAAGGAACUGGCCUCAGAGCUGUCAAUUACACAGCUUAGCCUGGACAAUGCUGGAAGCUUUACCUGCAGGGCUUAUAACAAUAUAACACGCAGAUACGCUGCGGUCACACAAGAGCUCUCUGUUGUGGACCCUAAUGGUUCUGCUUCCUUGACAUCUGGACAUGCAGUAGAGGUGGCGAUUGCUGUUCUGGUUCUUCUGCUUUGUAUUUCAGGGUAAAAUGCUGCAGAUUCAUGAAUCGCAAAAAAAAACCCUUCAGAGUACGACUGGAAGAGUAGCAUGUUUUAUUUACUGUGUAAUCAGGCUUGAUUGCUUGAGUAAUUGUUUACACACCCUCAUAAUUAUGGAGCUCUCCCCCCAACUUGUGGUUGUGAUCCGAGCACAGAAGACUACGCCUGCACAGCUCAUAUUUCUAGCUGUAUUGUGAUGCAAUACCUCAGCUCUGUAACGGCUUGUCCGAGCGAGUCUGGCUCUCUUGUACAAUGGUUAAGAUUUUGCCUGGCAGGCACAGUCCCUGUCUGGGGGUUGCCUCGUCCUCACAUUCCCUGCGUCCGCAUUAGGAAGACCGGGCCAACCAGAAUGCUUGGUUGCCUGUUGAGCUGUCACUACAAGGUCGCAGUGUGACACAACCUGAAACCAGUGUGGCACGCAAUGACAGACUAGGUCUCGUGUAGGGACGCUGGAGUUAGACAUAUAUAAUCAACACUUUCUGUAAUGACACAUAUUUUAUAUGUUAGAUUUUUUUCUUAAAUUAGCUGACUUUUAAACACAACCUAAAUAAGGGAGUUGACAAUGAAAACACAAUGGAAAAUACAUUUGCAAAUGCUUGCUGGCUUGAUUUCUUAAAGUUGUAACCUAAUCCCAAAUAAUAAUAAAAAUGCACUUGAACGUAA